AGCUGCUGGAAUAUGACUUCGUAAUAAAAUGGAUGGACCAACGGAUCAAUGGAAAGGAGCCAGGCGAGAGGAAGGGGAGACAAUCACGGGACAGGGCGACAUGGAAGGGGUGGUUCAUCGUGUUCCAGUCAUUAGACAAAGCUUUGGACAUCGUGGGGCCAGCGACCUUGGUAUUGAGACCAUCCGAUCAGCAAUUCAGGUCUGUUUUCACUGGCGCUGUACACCUGGAUGACUCCCUUGAUGUGGCGGCUUUAUCGACGUGGUGUAGGGUCCCUCUUGAACCUAAAAUGGUGCACAGAGGAUUCUGCAGAGUACAAUGUGGAGAGGCUGGAAGCAUCUUGGAAUGAAGAACUUCGGCUCCAUGGUCCAGCUAAAGCUCGUUUGCGGACGUGCAAUUUGCAACGCCUACCGCAGAGGCUCCAUCUGCUCCAUCAUUGUCAUCAUUAUCACCCUAACUUUCUUUUUGUUGGAUCUGUACGUAGAGCCUGGCUGAGGGUUUUUAUUCC